AUGGACCCACUAUCGGGCGCGGGCUUAGCCGGGACAGUGGUGCAGUUUGUCCAAUUUGCGGCGAACCUCUUCAACGUUGCCAAAGAAAUUCAUCGUUCGGCAUCAGGGAUUUCAGAGGAAACGCAGUCACUAGACGCCAUUUACACCAGACUGUCUGCUUUGAGCACGAAUUUGUACCAUCACGGCUCGACGACGCAAAGUAGAGAUGGCACAACGCCGCAGCAAGCAGCGGAUGUGACGAUGGUAAUCCUAGCCAAGGAGUGCAAGAUUGACUGCGACAGACUUCUUUCCGUUCUGCGCAGGCUCAAACAUGGACACGGCAACUUUCCGAAGUGGUGGAAGAGCUUCAAAUCGGCACUGAAGGAGUUGUGGAAGGGCGAUGAAAUCGAGGCACUGGAGGCACGCAUUGCGAAGCACCAAACUCAGCUUAUCAUGCAUAUUGCACAACUUCAACUUCUGAGAGUUCAAAUGAAGCACGGCGAUGACAACCUGGCUCUCAGCCUGACAUCUCGUCACGAAGACUUUUGGAAAAGGGUCAAGGGAAUGCAGAAUUACAUUGAAGAGAUCCACCACAUCGUCAUUACAGAUGCUGAGAAACCUGAAAAGCUGGACCAAUCUCGACAGCCCGUCCGCCCUCCUGGCCCCGAGUCUUUAUCCAGUGGUAUCUUGGCACUAUCACUGGAUGACAUAGACAAAUUCCUCACCAUUAACAAACUUUCUUCAUAUCGGUCCGAGCUUCGGGAGCUGUCAUCGUUAAGCGAGAUAUACACCAAGGCAGAUGAUAUUCUGCAAACCAUUGACUAUGAACACAGGACUGCUAGGCACGAAAGCAUACCGCUGGCAUAUUCCGCUACAUUCGAGUGGGUCUUUGACAAGAAAAGUCCACAAAAUAGCCAUCUUCUCGAAUGGCUAGAGAAAGGCAGCGAGAUCUUCUGGAUAAGCGGAAAGCCAGGCGCAGGCAAGUCGACGUUCAUCAAGUACGUGGCAGACAGCCUCGAAACGAAUGCAGCUUUACAAAAGUGGGCUAGUGGAAGCAGGUCUUUAACCGCCUGCCACUACUUUUGGAGCGGAGGGACUUCGAUUCAAAGAUCCCAUGAAGGGUUGCUUCGGUCUCUCCUGUACGACAUAUUUUUCGAGGCCCCCGAGCUUUUCCCGGAGGCAUGCCCCAGGAGAUGGCAAAGAACCUUGUCCUCACGCAAGACAACGUGGACUGCUUGGUCCACUGCAGAACUGAGUAAAACUCUUUUCGAUAUUGUCAAGAAGGCCAAGGCGCCUUUCAGUUUCUGCUUCUUCAUCGACGGUUUGGAUGAAGCUUACAUGGAAGAUGCUGACAAUGAGCUCUGUGAUACCAUAAUUGCCCUUUCAACCUGUCCUAAUGUUAAACUCUGCGUCUCGAGUCGGCCCUGGAACAGAUUUACGGAGUACUUUGGGAGUCGGCCAACCCUGAGCAUACACGAGCUCACUCGCAACGACAUUCGAAAUUUUGCACAACACGAGCUCGGCAGACAUCCCAGGUGGGGGAGUCUGGCCAACGAACAGGGCAUGAGAGACAAUCUCAUCGUCGAAAUAGUGCAACGAGCCCAAGGUGUCUUUCUCUGGGUUGUUCUCGUCGUCCGGCAGCUCCGGGAGGGCUUGACGAAUUACGACACCUCGAAGGACCUGUGGAAGAGGCUGGACAGAAUCCCGGAUGGACUGACGAAGUUCUUCCGGCUCAUUAUCGAAAGCGUGGAGCCAUUCUACCUCCAAAAGAUGGCAGAGACGCUGUUGAUAGCCGCUGUUGGCCAAGGCCCUCUUCAUUCGGCCAUCUACACGUUCCAUGAUAGGUGCGACGCAAAUCCAAACUAUGCCAUCGAGGAACCUCUCGUCCCAUGGGAAGACGAACAACUUGCCAGUGAGGUCAGACCGUAUUCAAUUAGGCUGAACUCAAGAUGCAAGGGACUGCUCGAGGUUGAUGCUUUCGACAGGGUGAAUUUUCUUCACCGUACGGUGAGAGACUUCCUGCAGAUGGAAGAGAUGCGAGAAAUCCUGAAAAGGAAUACUUGUUCACGCUUCGAUGCGGGUUUGAGCAUAUUUCAAGCUUAUAUCUGCUGGAUCAAGCACUCUGCAUUUGUAUCAAUGGGAGGAAUCGCAUAUUAUGGACCUUCGAAGAGUCUAUUGGUGGGCACUCUGGAGACGGCGCUCUCGUACGCAGGGAAGUCCGAUAGUCCAUUCGUUCUCGACUUGAUCGAUGACUUGGACUGGUCGGUCUACAGAAUGUUCAACACGGGACAGGCGACGUUUGCAGGCACCGAGACGAUCCAACAGACCCAAAACCUUUUCCGAACUUGCAUCCUGCGGACUGGGCUCGACGAUUAUUCCAUCAAAAAGCUUGUGCGGGAGCCUCAAUACUUACAAGGUCUGGAGGUGCCCCCGCUGGUCUCUGUUCUGAAGCUUGACUCCCAGGACGAGAAUGACCAAGAUAUGCGGUGGUCAGCACGAAGAGUCAAUCUGCUGCAAUCCCUCUUGGACCACGGUCAUGACCCGAAUGAGGUAUACGUUGACCCAGAAACUGGGAUCGAGACGACUCCGUGGGGCGAGCUUGCUAGGAGGUUAAUGCCGUGCCCACAACUCGAACAGGACCAACUGCCAACAGAAUACCCGCGACGGCCCUUGGUAGAGGCCGUGAGCAGAGGCGUGAUUUCAAUGCUUCUGGACGGUGGAGCCGAUCCAAAUGCCAUAGUUGAAGGUGAGGAGGACUCGCCAGAGCCCCUCGCAGUGUGGGUCAAGUUCUUCCUGGCCUGCUUCUCGACCCCUGCCCUUGUGUGGCACAGCGAACAGUACCUCAAGGGCCUGAAUAAGUUGAUGCACAAGGCGGACCUCGACCCGAAUACCGGCUUUGUUCAACCACUUGGCGAAUGGUUGGUCGGGGAGCCGAUUGCAGUCGUUUGCCGAAGCCUUGGCGUGCCAACUCCUCUGCGGGCUGCUGUGUGGAACAUAUUGAGAUGCUUCUUGAGAAAAGGCCCGGAAAUAACGAGCAAGCCCAGGAGCUACAGAGAACUCCAAUUCUAUUCCAAAAUCAUUCAAAUAUUCCUGCGGCAGGACGACCUCUCAAAGCUACCACUGGAUAAUAUCCGAGCGGGUGUAGAGCAAGGCAUGCCGGUGAGCCUCGUUCCAGAGACAUUAGAACGAAUCAACAGCUUUCUUCAGUCUCGUCAGGAAACGAAGCCGCCAGCCAAGAGGCGGAGACCGUUGGAUGGUGAUGGGGACGAAGACAUGACAUUGAGCCCAGGGCACAAGGCCCCCAGACUGAGCUUCAUCUGUGAUUUUCCGAAUGGGAUGCUGGGAAGGCAGGCUGGGAGGAGACACAGUGGAAUGGUCAGGGUGUGA